UAAUAACAAGAGGCACUCCUCUUAUCUCCACUCGCUAGCAAACCCUCGCAGCAGCACCAGCAGCAGCACCAAAUCUCGUCGCCCCGCCGACACCGCCGCCGGGGACCACGAACGGACGCGCCGACUUCGGAUCCGCGUCUCGCCGGGCUUCGAACGUACGGCACUGAACGGACGCGGGAUUUGGCUGCUCGCCGCCACCGAACGGCCCGCUGGAUUUAACCACCGCAGGCACCGAACGCGCAGCUUCUCCGGGCUAGGGAGAUAAUCCAUGCAGCCGAGGUCCCGCAUUCGCGGCCGCGGCCCACCGCCCUCGGGAGGACGCUACCGUCGCCGAUCCCCGCCUCCGCCCUCCCCGCGCCACAAGCGCCUCCCGCGUGACCCGCCCCCUCCCCAGUCGCAGAGGCGCAGCCCUGACCUACCGCCGCCGCGGCGCUACGAGGAGAAUCACCUCCCCGGCGGCUCCGCCGUCUGCGGGCGUUCGCGUGCCGACAUCCUGCUCGAGGCCGGCCGGCUCGCCGCGCACUACUUGGUCGCCAAAGGCGUCCUCCCCGAGGACAUUCUCCGGGUCAGGGAGGACCCAAAGCGCAAUCCCGUCUCCCGCCCCGAGCCCCCCGUUCCCGCUCCCGGUCCCGCUCCCGCCAGCUACGUGAGGAAGCGAGGCGAGGACGACGGUCCGAGGUGGGGGCGGAGUGGAGGCGGAGCUGGGGUCUGGGGCCGCGGCAAGGGGGACGACGACAGGCAAGUCCGGAGGUCGGGGUGGGACAGCAGGAGCAACAGCUUCGACGGCAGGCGUAAGCACAACGACGGCGGCAGCGGCGGUGAUGUUGACCUGGGCGUGGGCGGCCGCCGGACACGCGACUACGAUGAGCCGAAGAGACGGCCAAUGUCAAGGUCCUAUUCACAUAACGAUCGCCGGGCGUCGGUUGAUGGCAGAGUGGAUCGAAGGAGGAGAAGUAGGAGCAGGAGCAGAAGCAGAAGCAGGACCAGGACCAGGACCAGGAGCGACUACGGUGGCAGCAGGAGGGAUUCAGAAUGGCGAGCAGGCAGUCGUGAUUUGGAUCACACCAAGGUGCCAGACUCUGGCAUUAUUCCUGCCGCUGCUGGUGAUGGUGAUGUGCACUACGCAGAUGGUGAUGAAAUGCCAAGGCAGCCGAAGGUACCUAGUUCUGUGGUGGUUGCAGAGGUGAAUGACAGUGCUGGACAAGCUAUGGCUAUCGAAGAUGGGCUGAUGGAGUCAGAGAUCAUUGGACUGGAUCAUGCUCAAAACAUUUCUGAAGACGAGGAUGGCGAGUUUGCAGAAGGCAUUUCUGAAGACGAGGAUGGUGAGUUUGCAGAAGACAUUUCUGAAGACGAGGAUGGUGAGUUUGCAGUUACUGGCUUAAAUGAUGAAGAUGGUGGUGAAGUGGAUGUCUCCCAGCGCCAACUGUCUGAUGUGGAUGUCCAUCCAUCGGAGUCUGUUGAGGAACCAAUGCAUAUGCAGCCCCAGCUCAGCAAUGUUGAGGACAAAAAUGAAACUGGCACUGCACGCAUGGAUGCAUGCAUGGUAGAACCAUUGGCAGACAACAAUGGUUGCUCUGAAGUAAGUUAUGAAAUGGAGGCUCCACUGGGUGAAGUUGAAACUGGUGUUGGUGAUCUUAAUAGAGAUGAACAAGAGCUGCCAGCUUGGUACAGAAUUUUUGACCUCAACGCCGUCGAAACUCCAGAGGGCUGUGAAAUGUCCAAGAUUUCUGGCGGUCCUCCUGCAGAGCAUGUUAGUGAUUAUGCGCCUGAUUUACUCGGUCGGAUGAACGAACAAGCGAACUAUGAUACUUCACAAACUCAAGGUCAAGAUGGGCAUGCAGGGUCUAAUCACCUGUUGGAGGAUGGGCAUGAUUUGAAUAACUGUGAUCUGAACAAUGAGGCUGAUGAACAUGCACAGGAUGAUACUUUAGAAAUUCAAGGUCAAGAUGAGCAUGCUGGGGAUAAUCACCUGUUGGAGGAUGGACAUGAUUUGAUUAAGUAUGAUCUGAACAAUGAGGCUGAUGAGCAGGCACAGGAUAAUCACCUGUUGAGCAAUGAGGAAUUACUUCUAAAUCAUGGCAUGGCUGUGCAUCAUUUGGAUAAUUGCCAUCUGAGCAAUGAGCAAAUGCUUCUGAAGCAAAUUGCGGAUGAACAGGAACAUGAUCAUCAGGAGAACAAGCGGAUGCUUAUAAAUCAGGGCACUAUAGUGCAAGGUUUGGACAGUCACCAUGUGAAUGAUGAACGGUUGCUGCUAAGUCAUGGUGCGGAUGAGCAUCAAGAUGAAUAUCACCGGAUGGAGCAAGAGCCCAUGCCUUUUCCUUUGGGUGUGCAUGAUUUGGAUAGCUACGAUCUGAAGAGCGAGGAAAUACUUUUAAAUAAAGGUGAAGACCAACAUGCAGCAGAUAUAUGCCAUUUGAAGGAUGGACAAAUACUUUUAGAUCUGGUUGCGGAUGGAGAAGGUAGAGUUCACAAUAUGGGCAAUGGGCGAACAAUUCCAGUAAUUGAUCUGGAAGAUGAUUACGAAGAGCAGUCUGAUACCAGGGAUACUGGAAGUGAUAUCUCACAUAAAUACACGGAUAAUGUUCUACAAAAACAUACCUGUUCUCAAGACCAGCAAACCUCAAGUUUUCCGGACAAUCCUCAGACUACCAAACAAGCAGCUUCUUCUUCAUCUGUUACACCAAAAUUUGGAAUGGAAACAGGUGUAUUGGAAGGGGUGCUGUGAAUGCACAGCACAGCAGCACAGAAGUUAUCAAUGUCUGGGGCCUGCAAACCUCUGAACUUGGGAAAUCUUCAUGAGCCCUGUUGUUUGUGCACUCAGACCCUACAUUCUGCAUCAGCUUACUGUUACCCUGGACCACGAGAAGCUUGCACCAGACCGGUUGCUGAAGUUAGUUGAUUGGUCAUUGUUUUGUAUGUUGGGUAAUACUCCUUUCAGAUUUCUAGUGGUCACAUUAGCAUGCUGGUCUAGUGAUACUUCCGACCCUGAAAUUAACUGGUAUUAAUAUAGAUGUCGCGCCGCCGGUAUGUCUGGUAGCUGAAAAGCUCACACUUUUUUGACCGGAAAUGUUAUGCAGGUGUUAGUCGUCCAACCAUUCUGUGCUGCGGCUGCUGCCCGUGCUCUCCUGCUUUGCAUCGUGAAGUGCAAGAAGGAUACUCGGGUGCAGCUCAUCAGGCAGAGGUUGUACGCAUCUAAUGGCCAAACAUAAGCUUAUUUUCUGCAGAAGGUUUCCUGCCUUGUACUCUUUGGAUUGCAGAGGUAGUGCUUGAUUUCAGAUUGCACGAGGUGUGCCUGCAGGAACCGAGUUGGAUACAGAUUCAGUACUCUUUGGUUUGUGCAAACUUCCUGCAAUAUAUCGUCCAGGAAUGCCAUGAACUGGGAAAAUCGAUACCUUGGUCUGAGCACACUGGUGUGCAUAAUACCAUGAUAAAUUACUGUU